GGUCAACGGCACCGCCCUUCUAGAAUCGUUUUGACAGGUUCACCGCAACCCGAUCGAAACUGUAACGCUGCCGGCACACCAGACUUUUCCUGUCAAACAUACGAAACAACCGCAAAAAAGAAACAAGCAAACAAUACAACGCAAAACAUGUCCCGGGCCGUCGAUAAGCUUCCCGCUCCCGCGGAGGCUCGCUCCAUGAAAGUCAUCGGGCUCGGUCCCAGCCGCACCGGAACCCUUGGGCUGUGGCAGGCCUUGAAGACGCUGGGGUACACCCCCUUCCACAUCUCGGAGCUGCUGCCGUACGGCUUCCAGCAGAUGAGGGCGCUCCAAGAGGCCAUCGUCGCCAACGACACCGACAAGCCGUUCGGCCGCGCCGAGUUCGACAAGCUCUUUGCCGGAUACGACUGCAUCGUCGAGAGUCCGUGUUACCUGUGUCCGAACGUCAUCACGGAGUACUUGGACGACCCGGAUGUGAGGUUCAUCCUGACCGAGCGGACUCCGCAGUCCUGGGCUAAGUCCAUUGCCGGGUCUCUCGGCGCCUACCACCAGAAGCUGGCGAAGCCGCCUCUGUCGAUCGCAAGGCAUUUCGACAGCUUCAUUGCGGAGCUCACGGCGCUCUUCAGGGCCAUGACCCAUCGAUGGUCCGGCGGACUGGAGCCCAGUGACCCUGGCUUCAACGAUGCCCUUGCCAAGAGCUAUGUCGAGUACAUGGAGAGCGUCAAGAGCCUCGUGCCCCCGGAACGCCUGCUGGUUCUGAAUCUGGAAAAGGGAUUCGGCUGGGAGGAGAUCUGCGGGUUCUUGCAGCGGGAUGUGCCCGACGAGCCGUACCCGCGCAUCAACGCCAUGGCCGACUUCCAUGUGGCUGCGGAGAUGGUCGUGUCCCCGGCGAUCAAGAAGACGGUCCGCAUCCUCACCUCGACCGCGGUCGCCAUCGCCGGUAUCGGCUUCUGGUACUGGCAACGGAGGAGAUGAACCCAUGGGAGAAGAUGAACCUAUGGAGAAGUUUCUUGAACCUUUGUACAAAGUCGGCUGUUUUGGGAUGGGAAAGAAGGCGCUUUUUUGGGAGGAAAGGCAGCUUAUACCCACUGCUGGAAGAAAAUAUCUGAACUAGUUGAGAACCAGGCCUUCGUGGUUUAAUGUGAGGAGUGAAGCAAGUAGAAGUCCCUUGAUGCGAUGCAUAAUGGAUCUAUGGAAUCAUACGCCCAAAAGAUGAGUUAUUUCUUAUCAUAGAUCAGGAUUACCUAACUUAAAAAGGC